UGUUCUAGUAAUUUUGCUUACCCCCACACAAAUAGAUGGAAUUGUUUUGGUUUUCUCCAUUAACAUCACGCUAAAAAAGCGAUAAAUUGUUUUGAAUAAUUUCGAAAAAACAUUAAAGAAUCACAUAUAAGUUAAAUUAUCUGUAUUAUGGAAUCUGUGUAUAAUUAUGCAGCUUUUCCCUGAGAGUUCUGUUGAGGUGUACUGUUAAUUCGGGUCAGUACCUAAUAAACCUGACAGACACAACAGCUUGUUUCUACGCAUAUGAACACCUUUAUACACUGGAAUCGAAAUGAGCGAUUCAACGAAACCAUUCCGAGAAAGACGACCAUUUGCUCAGAGAGUAAAGGACAUAGAAGCUAUUCGACAGGAACAUCCAGACAAAAUACCUAUUAUCAUUGAGAGAUAUCAGCAUGAGAAAAAUUUACCAUUAUUGGACAAAAUCAAAUUCUUGGUUCCAGAUAAUGUUAACAUGAGUGAACUUGUUAAAAUUAUCAGGUUUCGACUUCAGCUGCAUCCUGGCCAGGCCUUCUACUUGUUGGUCAAUGACAGAAGCAUGAUCAGCAAUACAACCCCUAUAUCGGAGGUUUAUGAACGAGAAAAAGAUGAUGAUGGCUUCCUUUAUGUUCUCUAUGCAUCACAAGAAACAUUUGGGCAACAUAUUUAAAACACCCCCCAAACACCCACCAAAAAACAAAAAAACCUAAAUGUUUUCUUCAAGAGAUUUGUCCCUGUCCCAUAUACUUUCCAGUAUAUGUUAUUAUCCGGUCAUCAGCAAUUCUUUCAUUGCUUUAAUCAAAAACUCUUUAAUUAAAGGUUUAAAAACAUUAGGGUUUUCUCCUCAUAGCAUUUUCCCAUUAUGUCUGUCUUUCAAGAUCUCUCUCAUUUGAUGUUUAAGAUAUUCAUGUUUGGUGUUCAUGUAAAAAUGUUCAAAGCAUUUAAACUAUUUAGUUAAACAAUUUGACUAUUUGUUAACAUUGGAAAUCUCAAAGCACAGCUUUAGUUUAUUUGUUUUCAUGUUUGUUUUCUAUUGAAGUUCAAGGCAGUAAUUUUUUUUUUUUUUAUUUAUGUUCGGAAUGUAGUCCUAAGGGAUUGUCUUAGAACCAUAAUGAUAGUCUUAGAUACACCAGUAAGCUUAAACCUUUAGCAUUUAAAACCAGCCAUAUCCAGACCCAAAUAUUCUACCUAUUUUGUGUUCAACCUGGCCAUAUCUGGCCUCUCACAUCUAACCUACAAGGUCAUUCUAAAAAUAAACAAUCACAUUACUGAAAUCUCAAAGUUAUGUGACAAUGCAUGAUUAAUUCAAAGCAAUGUGAAUAAAAAAAAAAAGGCAUUACAUUUGACAGAGAAGUCUGAAUGCUGAAGGGUUAAGCACACCAAAACUAUUUCUGUUUCACACAUUAACCCUUUAGAAUUCAGUUUACUCUUUCAAUUGUAGUACUUGUAUCUAUUCACAUUGUUUUGAAUUAAUCCUGCAUUAUCUCAUAGCUUUGAGACUCCAAUGAUGUGAUUAUUAAUUUUUAGACUGAUAUUGUAGGGUAGGUGUAAGAGGCUGGAUCUGGCUGGUUUAAACAUAAAGCCAAUUGAAUAUUAUGGACCAGAUAUGGCUAGUUUAAGAGCCGAAGAGUUAAGUUAUAAGAAAUCCACCAUUUAAAAUUGGAUACUGCCUUGGCUUUAAUUUUGUUGUCACUUAACUACAGACUUUCAUUUACUCAUGUAUGUAUUUAGGUUAGUGUUUAGCAAACUAUACUCCUGAUUUAAAAUCCCUUUUUACUAUGUAUAAAGUCCCCUUUUUUUUGUGUGUGCAAUUUGGUUUGAUUAUAGUAACCUUAUCAAGUUCAUAUUCUCAUUUCAAUUGCUGAUCUUCACUGAAAUGAUUAAAACAAAAUAGAGAUUAUUUGGUUAUUUCAAAAUAUUUUAUUCAAACAAACCUCAAUAAUAUUUAUAAAUUCUGAAAUAAUAAUAAUAAUAAAAAAAAAUGUAUAUAAUUAUUCUCUUCUCUAAUUUUGAAAAUUAUUAAGCACUUUAGAAAUUUGAAUUAUGAGCAAAUGAAUUAUGUUAUUUACAUUAUCUGUUAUACAACAGCAGUUAACUCUUGUCUUUCCACUUGUGUAGUGUAUGUGUGAAUGCAUGUGGCCUAAUGGUUAGGCUAUUAAACUCCCAUUAGUAAGGAUGUGGGUUCAAUUCCUAGACCAGGCCGUGCAUUGCGUAUUUGGGCAAGUCUCUUCAUUUCACAUUGCUCCAGUUCACACCAACUGCUGAGUGGCGCCUUGUAGACUAUGCUAUUACCCAACAAUUCUUGCAGAUGCAAGAUGUCAGCAGCUCUUAAUGGCUGCAUCACCCUGGAUGUAAUGAUGAUUAUUUACUCGUGUACAUUAUUUAUACAGUACAGAGGGCAACAAUAAAUUGUUAAAAUGAGCCAACCCUUCAAUGUCUCAUGUAUUGUGUUGUUCUGUUGUUGAUCUGUUUAUUUAAUUUCUUCUAGAAUUGAAUGAACCAAGACGGUUGAGGAUCAUGUCACACAAGCAAUUCUGAUAAAUGUUAAGGAUCUCUACAUUUAUGCUUUCAGUCAGCUAAAGGCUGAAAUGAAUAAUGUCUGUAUAUGUAUGUGUAUGUCCUUGGUCUGUGUGUGUACUUUUGGGUAUGGAUGUGUGAUUCAGUACUAACAAGAACAUUCUACUUUGCAUUUUAGAUACACUUUCUUCCCUUCAUAGCAUACAAAUUAGUUAUUUUACUCUUUUUUGUGUGACAUUUGGAUUUAGGAGACCUGAGCUAAAAAAAAAAAAGACAUUUAACCCUUUCGUUACCAACCCGGCUGAAAUCACCUCUGGCUCUGAGUACAAAUGUCUUUUUUACAUAAGAUUUGAAUUAAAAUCUUCCACCAAACCUUAUGUUCCUAACACUAGCUGAAUGAUAACUAAGUUAUUUUACUAAAUUCUUUGUUAUAUUUAAAGUAAUUGAAAGAAACACAGAGCAUUUCAAAGAGAUUAUGGUUAUUCAUUAUAGAAAAUGUGAUUUUCUUCCUGUAUUUCUUAUUUUUUAAAUUUUAAUGAUUAAAUAUCUCAAGGUUGUAUAUGAUUUCUAUAAUGGUAUCUGCUUCUUAAACUGCACAAUUUUCUUAUUGUAUUUUUCAACCAAUUAAAGGUAUAUGUAUGUAUGUAUAAUGUAAUGUAAUGUAUGUAUAAUGUAAUGUAUGUAUGUAUGUAUCUAUCUGUGUGUGUGUAUGUAUGUAUGCUAUUUUUAAUUGGCAGAGUCUACAUACAGACUCAAGGGCCAAAAGUCACUUUGUAAAUUUUGCCAAUUGAAAAUAUAAUAAUAUAUAUAUAUAUAUAUAUAUAUACACUUAUGUUUUGAGUUCUAUUUAUCCUGUUUGUAUGAUCAAGUUUAUACAUACAUAUAUACAUAUUUUCUUAAUUGUAAUUUUAUGAUUUUUAUAACUUGUUUGCUUUUUAAGUUUGAAGACUAUUUUAAUAACUUUCUUUCAUUUAGCUUAAGACUCUCUCUCUCUAAAUUCAUACUUAACAUAGAUCCUUUUUAUGUUUCUCAUUUUAUUACAAGCUUCCAUUUCACAGGAAACAUAUGGUUUAGCUAAUUAAUUAUUUUGAGAAAAAAAUAAUAGUUAUUGUCAGUUGCCUUUUUUUUUUUUGUUUUAAUUUUAUCAAUUUCAACAAACUCAUUGAAGCACUGGAAUUUUUUCCAUAUCUGCCUUUUACAACAAUCAAACACUGUCAGCUAUCCAUAUGUAUUGUUACUACUCUUUUUUUCCUUCUUUUGAAGGCAGUGAGCUGGCAGAAUCAUUAGCAUGUUGGACAAAAUGCUUAGCAGUAUUUUGUCUGUCUUUACGUUCUGAGUUGAAAUUCUGCCAAGGUUGAUUUUGCCUUUCAUCCUUUCAGGGUCGAUAAAUUAAGUACCAGUCGAUCUGAAUGGUUGGCCCCCUUCCCCAAAAUUUCAGGCCUUGUGCCUAUUAGUAGAAAGGAUUAUUACUCGUUUUUAACAACCAUGAUUAUUUAUAAAUUUUAUGACCUGUUUACAUAUUUCCAUGACAAAACAUAUUAAACAUUGUUCAGCUGGUCUGUUAAACAUGUUAAAAGAGAUAGCAGGCUAUAUUAAGUUAAAAACAGUUAUGGCAAUACAAUGACAAAUAGAAAAAUGCUUGGUACAGCUCUUCAUCUGCCAUCUUGGUUCAAUUUUCACUGUUAUUAUUAUUAAACAAACCUUGAUGUUAGUUACCGGCAUUGGAUAUUGAAUAUAUCUGUGGUAUAUUGAUUAUAAAUAGUUUAACCAAAAUAUUGAAAGUGUUAGCUGCAUAUAUAAAUAAAAUUACAACUAAAAGAAAUUCAAUUUUAAACUAUAUCAAAGUUCUGGGGUUAAAGUUUAUUUUUAUUUAAAAUUUUAAAGUGUUCUGAUAGCUUUAAUUAGUAUUUAAAAGUCAUUAAGCAGUUUAUGAAUGUCUGCUGCAUUUUCAGUUGUUGGUGUUGUUCUUGGAUUUCUUUUCACCGCUUCAACGAACAAGGGUUCCACAAAACUCAGUGGCACAAAAUUCUUAGUUGGACAUUUUGCUGUGUAGUUUGAUGCCAGAAUCCAGACGGACCCAGGAUUUGCAGACCUAUUUUACAAACAACACAGUUGUGGUCUCUUGUCAUUUGGCGUAGAUUGGACCUGGAUCUAUGCAGGGCAUUUUUCUCCUUCAGGUUGUUGAUCCAGUUGUCUUGAUGUCAAGGAUGGCUUAAUUGCAAAAGUCCUGGGGUCGAUUUGUUUGACUAAAGGCAGUGCUCCAGCAUGGCCACAGUCAAAUGACUGAAACAAGUAAAUGAAUAGUAUUGCUUUGGCAAUACUUAUACUAGAACUAGAAUGCUAGAAAAGAUCAACAUGGCCCCUGUUCAGUUCUUCUAAUUCCCAUAUAUUCAAGUUUAACCUAUAGGUUUAAAGUGUUAUGAGUAUUCUAAUAUUUGUAUAGCCUCUCCUUAUCCAAUUUAGAAAACAAGGUAUUAUAAGAUCUAUAUAUAAAUCUUUUCACACAUUGCUUUCUAAAAUCUCUUCUCUUUUGUUUCAUAUGGUAUGUUUAUAUUGACUGUUUGAUUAAUCCUGGUGGCGACAAGUUCAAAAGAAUAAAGAACUCAAUAAAAUAAUCCUGAGAGUGAAUAAAAUAUCUAAUCUAUAAUUAAUAGUCUGAGAAAAUAUAUUUUGUUUUGCCUGUGACUCAGGUGAAACAAAAUAUAUUUUGUCAAACUAACAGUUAUAAAUUAAAUAUUUUAUUUGAUUAUUCAAUAUUUCAUGAGGUCUGUCUAAGAGUCUACUGACUUUGCAUUUUUCAUCAUGAAGUUGAACUGAAUUCAAUACACUCAAAAAUCUUGUGUAUUCUAUAGAAGUAUUGAUACAAAUUACCGUUGUUAUUCAUAAAAGAAUAGCAGUAAUGUUGUGCUGCAUUUUUUGUUAACAAGAUUUAAUUGGCAACACAAAUGCACACAUUUUCUUUGACACUAAAUUAAUAGCUAUAAUCCGCAUAUAAAUUGUCUAUUUUGAUUAUUUAGUUCAGAAAAAAUUUUUUUUUUAAUUUCACAUAUUUUGAGAGAAUAAUUUCUUGGGAGGUGCUAUUUAACUAACAUUUUGUACAUCUUACCCAUUUUUUUUUCUUUUGGCUUAUUUAUAGAAUUAAAUAAAAUUAAUGGAAUGUCUUGCAAUAUUUUUUGGUGUUUGAUCCUAUAAAUGCGAAAGCUUUUCCUUUUUUUUAAAACAGAAAUAUGUAUGCUUGAAUGGACUCACAAAUAUGGAUUGUAUUUCAAAAUAAAGUGUGAAUGAUGCACUGAAGAUAAAACAACUUUUUUUUUUA